AAAUUGUAAUAUAUUGUUUGAUGUAUUUAUCAUUCAAACUUGGACAUUCGAAAUAAAUAUACUGGAUUUUAAAACAAUUGUGGACUCUGUCAUUUUCAGGAUUUCGACAAAAAGGUGUAUCAACAGUCCCUAGUACGAGUAAACAACUGGGUCUUAUAAAACGGCCGCAUAACAAAGAUCAUAAAACAGUUGAAGACUCUUGGACAGAAAGCAUUUAUCGGAGGAGUGUUGGUUUAGCUUCAGAGUUACUACUCGACGAUGUACUUCCGACAGAUAGUGAAUUACAAUCUAUUUGCAGCAUCUUUGGUAAACGUUCUGAAGCAUUAAGGAAUGUUUGUGCAAACAUUUGUGACACUAUUCAAGAGAAAUUAAAAAACGGUAGCAAAGUGUGGCCAGCAUACACGCUUUCAAGUGACAAAAUUGUUUUUGUCGUAGAAAGCGAUAUGAUAUCGUCUGAUAUCGGAGUUAGUGACUUCAGAAUUCAUUUGAUUAAUUCUCAUAUCACAUUGGAAAAAGAAAGCCAGAUAGUAAUGUUAAAAGAAAAGGAAAUACUAGCUCUAUGUUACGAUAAGUUUGGUGUUGAGACAUUCGAAAUGCUCAAACAAAUUAUAUCGAAGAAUGCAGAAAAAUUAAUGAAUAAACAUAAAUUUAUCAAUGCAAUAACUCCAGGUGUUGCUAAAUCUAUUGGUUAUUUAACAUCUGGACAGCACAAGCUAAUUGAAACACCAUGUAUUUCAAUAUACGUUGAUAAAAAAGUACGGAACUUAAUUCCACUAGAAGAGGAGCCUAUACCAAGUUUAAUUGAUAAUUUCCCAACCGAUGUUUUAGAAGGGAAAUUUAAUUUCAUUUGCAAGGGACCCAAUGACUAUCAUAAAGUUAUAAAAAUGGGAUGUGGGAUCCAUGCUGGUGUGAGGACCAAUAACGGUGAUACGUUAGGUGGUACACUUGGAGCGUUUGUUAAACACAAAACCUUCGACCUAUGUUGCAUUACAAGUGCCCAUGUCGUUUUGUCAUAUGAAGAACUGCAGUGGAUAAAGAAGUACAGUUAUGUAGACUUUGGGGAAAAGGAAACGAAAAUGGUUUUCCAGCCGGCUUGUGAACAGUCGGAAACCUUCGGUAGAGUUGUUGCUGCCUCAUAUAAAGAAGGAGGGGAUCGCACACCAGGUGUUGAUGUGGCUCUAAUACAAAUUCAGAGUAGGAAACCGACCUCUGGGUCCUUCCCUCAUGCCAACAAAGGUUUUGACCUAGAUAAACCUUUUGUCUUCGAUUCCGGUAAUGUUAUUGACGCAAAUCUGUUACGGCCUAUGACGGAAGUGUAUAAAUUUGGUAUGACUACUGGACCAACUACAGGCUACAUUGGACUACAAGGUGCUGCAGUUCGUGUGGGAUCCAAUCACGUUGACGAUUCGAACUUUGGAGUUCGAUUGUAUAACCAACUAGAAAUUUUACCGAAACAUAAUUUAUCCUUUGCAGAAAUUGGUGAUUCUGGAGCACUUGCUUUCAUCGGACAUCCGGACUGUGCAGCUGCUAUAGGGAUCUUAGAGAGUGGUCUGCCCAAUGGUAAAAUAUUAGUUACUCCUAUAAUUGAUGUUUUAGAAGCCUUGAAGUGCCCACGUUACUUAUAUAGAUUUGAGCAGGACUCGGACUCUGGUAUAAAUUUACAAUUCCCAGAGAGCGCAGAGGGUGGAAACGUUGAGGAAGACAUGGAUUUCAGUUAAACAGUAGUCGUUUUAGGAGUUAGUACUUUAAUGUGACAAGGGCUGGCAGAAACAAUUAAACAAUUAAAACUGGCAUUGAUUGCGUGGUUGCAUUUUGUUUGGUUUAUUAAAAACGAAAGGCUAUAGUUGUAUCCGAAAUGAUAUUAAUACCUGGCCAAACUUUUUAAAUAAUAGAGCUCUAACUUCUUUUUGUGUGGUUGAAGUUAUAUGUGUAUCUUUAUAACAAAUAUCAAGUCAAAAGGUGAAGACAAAUAGCGUAGAGAAAAUAUUAAAAUUGGCUUCAGUAAAACAACUUGUUUCCAUUUCGUAUAACGUCGGAGUAUUCAUCAAACCAGUCUACAGUAUCGACUUUAGCGCCAAAUUUCAUAUAAAUCUUGCCACUAGUAGGAGAAAAUUAACGAAUGAUUACAGAGUUUAUGUAUGUGUAUAAUGCUUAAACAAAACACAUCUAUCAUUGUGACAUUUUUACUUAUAGCUAAACUGUCUUGAAAAAUGUGUUGUUUAUCAUAUAUAUAUAUUAGGACUUUAAGAGCGCAAUAUUAUUCCGCCGGAGAACGAGUAUUUCCCGAUGGAAAAAAAAUAACCUUUUUUAUUAUAUAUACUUAUCUACACGUAUAAUCGUAAUGUAAAUAUACUCAGCGUCACUGAAAUUUUACCACCCUAAUGGCCCUUAUAUUUUAAAACUCGCAUUGGACUGUGUUAAAAGCAUAACACGACUACAUUUUUGACGCAGCUGAGACGUCACUGGUGUAAAGAUUUGUCGAAUCCGAUUAACUACAUUUGAGGCACGGGCUGCACGUGCAAAAUGACUUUUUCCAGCAAUGUCGACAUGUUCGAAAUUUCUAUCGCAAAUCAAUCAUCACACUUGAAAGUAAGUGGACAGACUAAAAGGAAUACGUUAAAAAAACAGAAUAUCCUUGCUAAGAAUGCCACGUUAAAGGCACGAUCAACGCCAUUAGGCCAUUGGCAUGGUUGUCGCCGAACUUUCAUGUCGUGAAAUUGCACGUCGUAUGUGCUGUUCACACUUGACAGUCAUGAAAUGGGUUAGGAGACAUGAUCAGACAGGGUCUGUGAGUAAUAGACCGUGCACAGGCCAUGAAAAAGUGACGUCGAUAUUGUAUAAAAAAGUAAAGAGGUAUAUAUUAAGUGGUAAGUUUUCAAUGACGCCGAUAAUAUUAUGAAUUUGUUCAAUAGCCUGAAUAAGACUGACAAUAAUGGACAAAAUAAAAGUAAAUGCAACGUUGCAAAUUAAGUUACGUCACUCAUCCAUUGUUAAAUUCAAGCGUAAUAU